AUGGUUGAGACUUCUGGCCAAACUUCCACAUCAGGAACAGGAGGGAACAUAAUCGAUGUUAGUAGCCCUCUCUACAUACAUCCUUCUGACAAUCCAAGCUUGAUUUUGGUUCCAGUAGCUUUUGAAGGAAUUGGUUAUCGAUCAUGGCGACGAGGUGUAAUGAGAUCAUUAUCUCUGAAGAAUAAAUUAGGAUUCAUUACUGGAGAGUUCAAACGCCCUUCUUCAACAUCUCCACAAUAUUGCCAAUGGGAGAGAUGUGAUAAUAUGGUAGUAUCUUGGAUCCUUAAUUCCCUUAGCAAAGAUAUUGCAGACAGUGUUGAGUAUGUUUCUGAUGCAGUAGAGUUAUGGAAAGAGUUAGAAGAUCGAUAUGAUCAAACGAAUGGUGCCAAAUUGUUUCAAAUCCAAAGGGAUAUCAAUGAUCUGAGUCAGGGAGUUCUUGAUGUCACUGUGUACUACACUAGGAUGAAGAAACUCUGGGAAGAAUUGAGCAAUCUGAGCAUCAAGAACCAGUGUAGUUGUGCUUGCAGCUGUGGAGGUAAAGAGAUUAUGCAUAAGGCUGAACAAGAUCGAAGGUUGAUCCAAUUUCUAAUGGGGCUUAAUGAAGUCUAUACUGUUAUUAGAGGUAGUAUUCUGAUGAUGAAUCCACUACCAUCCAUGGCUCAAGCUUUUGCAUUACUUGUACAAGAAGAGAAGCAAAGGGAGUUUAAGCCACACAGUCAAAUGUUUGCUGAAGGAAGUUCAAUGAAUUCAUCCAUACGUGUUGGUUCAUCUAAUCCAUCAGGUGGAAGGUCAAAUUCUGCUAAUGCUAGUUCAUCAAACUCAACAGGAGGAAGAGUAUUCAGAACAAAUUAUGCACCAAGCAAUUAUCCUGCAAACAAUAGGCCUAGACCUUUCUGUGAACAUUGCAAGAGAUCAGGGCAUAUCAUUGAUAAAUGUUACAAGUUACAUGGUUAUCCCAAUCAAAAUAACUCUUCUAGUGGACAAGGUGUUAAUCAGCAAAGAUACAAUAAUGUUCAGAACCAAAGGGUACAAACCAAUUACAAUGCAAGUAAUAAAUACACUAGAGGUAAAGGAGUGGCAGCUAAUGUUUUUGCAGAUUCAUCAAUGGGAAAAACUGAUGCUCAUACAGCCUGUAGUGCUAAUCUCACCAAUGAGCAAUGUGGUCAGCUUAUUAACCUGUUACAGCACCUUCAAUUAGAGCAAUCUGAAGGUGUAGAUUCUGAGGAGCAAGUAACUUGUGGAGCUGCAAACUUCGCAGGUAUGAUAGCUUGCAACUCAUCUAUUGAUUUUGAUAAACUGUCGUGUGGAUGUCUCAAAUCAAGGACUGAUUUAUGGAUACUAGAUUCAGGAGCUACACAUCACAUGACCUUUAACAUCAACCAUCUCUCACAUAUUACUAACCUACCAUAUCCUCUUUUAGUUAAAUUACCAAAUGGAUACAAAGUUAAGGUGACUAAAGUUGGAGAUGUUAGAAUCAAUGACAUGAUCACAUUGUUCAGAGGCCCUUCAAUGAAGAGGCCUCUGGAGAUUGGUAGAGAACAAGAUGGAUUAUACUUCCUUUGCUCAGACUGUUUAAAAAAGAAAAAAGACAGUCCAUUCACUUCACAGAAUGCUGAAUCUGCUGUAAUGGACACAAUUCCUAGUACCACAAAUAAUGUAGUUUCUGAUUCUGUACCUCUUUUAUCUCAUGAUUCUUCCUUUUACUUGCAAUAUUUGCCCUAUGGCCAGGCAGACUAG